CCGUUCGGGCUCCGGGCUCGGUGGCGCGACCCCCGGCAGCGGCUAAGCGAGGCAAGGCGGGGCGGGGCGGCACCGCGCCCUCCCGCCAGGCCGCCAUGCAGGGCCCGGCCGGGAACCUGAGCCGCGGGCUGCCGGGCGGCCCGCCCUCCACGGUCGCGUCCGGGGCGGGCCGCUGCGAGAGCGGCGCGCUCAUGCACAGUUUCGGCAUCUUCCUGCAGGGGCUGCUAGGCGUCGUGGCCUUCAGCACGUUGAUGCUCAAACGUUUCAGAGAACCAAAGCAUGAAAGACGACCUUGGAGAAUCUGGUUUUUAGAUACUUCCAAACAAGCCAUAGGGAUGCUGUUCAUCCACUUUGCAAAUGUAUACCUAGCAGAUCUCACUGAAGAGGACCCUUGUUCACUGUACCUCAUCAACUUUCUUCUGGAUGCCACUGUGGGCAUGUUGCUCAUCUAUGUUGGAGUGCGUGCUGUCAGUGUCCUGGUGGAGUGGCAACAGUGGGAAUCCCUGCGUUUUGGCGAAUAUGGAGACCCUCUGCAGUGUGGGGCCUGGGUCGGGCAGUGUGCCCUUUACAUUGUGAUCAUGAUCUUUGAGAAGUCAGUUGUCUUCAUUGUCCUCCUCAUACUCCAGUGGAAAAAGGUGGCCCUACUGAAUCCUAUUGAAAACCCAGACCUGAAACUUGCCAUCGUCAUGCUGAUCGUCCCUUCUUUUGUUCCUGCUUUGAUGUUUUGGGUAGUAGACAAUUUCCUCAUGAGAAAGGGGAAGACGAAAGCUAAACUAGAAGAGAGGGGAGCCAACCAGGACUCAAGGAAUGGGAGCAAAGUUCGCUACCGAAGGGCUGCAUCCCAUGAGGAGUCUGAAUCUGAGAUCCUGAUCUCAGCCGAUGAUGAGAUGGAGGAAUCCGACGUAGAAGAGGAUCUCCGCAGACUGACCCCCCUCAAGCCUGUGAAGAAAAAGAAGCACCGCUUCGGGCUGCCUUCUGGCACCCCAGAAGCCCCCAUCAAGAAGAAGCGCCCCCCUGUCAAGGAGGAGGACCUGAAAGGGGCCCGAGGAAACCUGGCCAAGAACCAACAGAUCAGGUCCAAGACCUACCAGGUCAUGCAGGAGUGUGAGCAAGCUGGUUCAGCUGCCCCAUCAGUGUUCAGCCGCAACCGCACAGGCACUGAGACAGUCUUCGAGAAGCCCAAAGCCGAACCUGCCAAGAGCAUCUUUGGCUGAGAAGUGCUUGCUGCAUCAUGCACCACCCUGAACAUCUAGACAUGGGAGAUUUUCUCACGAACUCUUUUUUUUUUUUUUAAUGCGGAACAUGCCCUUCACCCCCCUGCCAUCUCUGGAACCACCACCCCUCCCCUCAACCCUGACCCUUCUGCACCAGCACCUCAGAAACACCAAUAAAGAGGAUGCCCAAGUGGCCCUACCA